AUUAUUGGCAAUACAUUUACACAUACAGUCAAUAAAGUCAAUGCUUUUUUCACACAAUCAAUAAAAAAAAAGUUAUUCAAACAAAACAAAGCAAUCAAUUAAUUAGUUAAUCAAAAGUUAUAUUUAAAAAAAAUUAUUUGUUUGUUGUUUGGCCACAAAAUACGGGUGACUAUCGACCGACCGACCGAUACAAUGGCCACAAAUACAGCAACAAUUGCUGGCUUGGAUUCAUUGAAGUUUAUAUCGUGUCUGAAACUAUUGAAACCGAUAGUCACGCGGCCCGAAAUUGGCCAACGUUUGCGAGUGUUGGCCAUUUUUGGCGAACGCGGUACUUCGACAAUAUGUGUGACCACCGACGACCAAGUCUACGGUUUGGGCGACAAUCGUUACGGUUGUCUCGGUGUCGGCCGUUGGGACAAAUUGAUUAGCGAACCGAUUGCAUUGGCCGAACUGUGCGGCAAACAAGUGGCGAACAUUUACUACGGUUUUGGUCACUGUAUAGCCUUGACGGCCGGCGGCCAACUAUGGACAUGGGGUGAAAACGAUUUUGGCCAACUAGGUCUCGGCACUUUUGAUGCCACCCAUACGCCGAAACUUAUUCAACGAUUGGCCAGCAAACGAGUGGUGACCGUUAGUUGCGGUAAUCGACAUUCGCUAGCGUUGACCACCGAUGGCGAACUGUUUGGUUGGGGCCGCAAUACGUUUGGCCAGAUCGGCGACAUGACUUACUGUUGGCGUGUUUUCCCGACUCGAGUAGCGCUGAACGAACCGGUUCGGGACAUAUCGUGCGGCAAAUGCCAUUCGUUGGCGUUGACCACUGGCGGUCGUGUCUACGUCUGGGGAUUAAACGAUUUCGGACAACUGGGCCGCCAUCGGGACGUCGACGUCCGGGCCGGCAAAGAGCGGGCACUGUCCUAUCGUCCCGAACUUGUUGCCGGUUUCGAGACCACUGUAUUUGUUAAGGCCGUUUGCGGACCUAAUCAUACGAUGCUGUUGACCGCCGAUGGCCAGCUAUAUUCGUUCGGUCUGAACGAUUGGGGUCAGAUCGGUAACGGCACUCAGAAAACCCAGUUCACCCCCUAUCAGGUUUGCCCGAAGUUCAAGUGGCGCGAUAUUGUCAGCACUUACGAUAAUAAUUGUUCGCUUGGUUUGACCAGCGACGGUACCUAUUAUUGUUGGGGUUAUCCCUAUCACUACAAAAAGGUGGCCUAUCCUCACAAAACUGAUAUCCAAUCGGAUAACACUAUUUACGAUAUCUAUACUAAAUAUUCGCAAAGUUUUCGUACGUUUCGGUCGGUUGUCUUCAAUCAGACAAAAGCAUCAGACAAUUCAAGAUUAACUGUUGCGUCUUCAGCGGUAAUGACAAACAACAACAACAAAGAAAACGGAUUCAAACAAUCGAUAAAUGGCGAGAAACUAAUGCAUAGCAACGAUAUUAAUGAUAAUUUGGUGCCAAAGAAGCGGACAGUUAGUCAAAUAACGACAACAACAGACAGAGAUUCUUCGGUUAACGGCUUUGCAGACAACAGAAACCAUAGGUCACGUACGGACUCGACGGUCACAUUGAAUGGCUUAUCAUCGACGGUGGCUGAGUCGGCAGCAACCGAGGACACCAAUAACGGUUUGACUGCUAACGAAUCGUUGGCCAUAUUUGGCCGUCACUUGUCGGCCGCAUUCAACAAUAGCAACAACUAUGAUCUGGUAUUUGUCUUCACCGGCGAACUAAUCUAUUGUCAUAAAACAGUUUUGAAGAUCCGAAGCAAACGUUUUUGGCAGACAUGCGACAAAUAUCUUGAACACAACAGCAACUCUGGUCAUCUGAUUUACAUUAAGAGCUACUCGUAUACUGCUUUCUAUGCGUUCAUACAGUUUUUGUAUGCCAUUCAGCCAGAGAUCACUCUGGAUACCUGUGCGGACAUCGUAAAGUUGGCCACUAUGUAUGAUGAGCCCGAAUUGGAGCUAAUGUGCCAACAGAUUACCGCCGCCGCAGCCGUUAAUAGUAGCAGUGGUCAGCAGCGGCAGAAAACAACGAUUAUUGUUGAAAACGUUUGCCAGAUAUACGAGACGGCCAUUGCCGGCGGCGAUAGCCGAUUGGAAAAAUCGUGUAUCGAGUUUGUCAACGAAAAUCUUAAAGAUAUUUGCCGUUCAAACGGUUUCCUAUCAAUGGAUAACCAACUGUCCAAACGAUUGAUGAAAGCUAUCACUUGUUUAUCAGAUUGAAUGUGUUUUUACUAUUAUU